ACUGAGGAGGAAUGCUAGGUUUUCAAGCAUCCGCACCAUUUUAGUCGUGGUUCUUCCAAAUCCCAUCAUGUAGGGUUUCCCCAUAAAAUGCACAUCCUGACAGUAAAAAGAUGGAUGAAGACCGCAAGACAGAGACCAGGCCCUACACACGACAUCUCACCUCAGCCCUGCCCCUUGAGUGGAAACCUCAGAGUUAUUAAUAGGAAUGAGCUCCCUGAAUGGGGGUAACGCACACCCUGGCUAGUUACCGGUUUGGGAUAUAGAAUGGUCAUAUAAGGAUUAAUCGGUGUUUCCAUUAUAGGGUUCCACUUUCUUGGCUUUUCUUGUCGGGUGUCCCCCUUGCCUUCCCCCUUCUCCUUUCCGGCCCUCGCCCGCGCGAGGGAUUGUGGGCCAGCCCCCCAACGCCGCGGGGAGCACUGGGCGCCCAAUCCCCGCACUCACCCACUCUCUUUCUCCGCGAGUCCAGUGUGAAGCAUGGUGGUUUUAGAGACCGUUGGUUCAGCGCCUACCUGGCUUAAGAAGUAGCUGGAAAAGAUGUCUAGGGCUGUUCAUCUUCCAGUCCCCUGUCCUGUUCAACUUGGUUCCUUAAGAAAUGACUCCUUGGAAGCUCAGCUUCAUGAGUAUGUCAAACAAGGGAACUAUGUGAAAGUGAAGAAGAUUCUUAAGAAAGGAAUUUAUGUUGAUGCGGUUAACUCCCUGGGCCAGACUGCACUUUUUGUUGCGGCAUUACUAGGCCUUACGAAGGUAGUUGAUGUUCUGGUGGAUUAUGGAUCAGAUCCAAAUCACCGCUGCUUUGAUGGGAGCACCCCUGUUCAUGCAGCAGCAUUUUCAGGGAAUCAGUGGAUCCUCAGUAAACUGCUGGAUGCAGGGGGUGAUCUUCGACUCCAUGACGAGAAGGGUCAAAAUCCACAGACCUGGGCCCUGACAGCAGGGAAGGAGCGUAGCACCGUGAUGGUGGAGUUCAUGCAGCGCUGUGCCUCGCACAUGCAGGCCAUCAUACAGGGCUUCUCCUAUGACCUCCUAAAGAAGAUUGACUCCCCUCAGCGGCUCAUCAGUGGCCCACCCAGGCUUGGUGGCCUCAUACAGGGAAACCCUAAUGGCUCUCCUAACCGACUGCUUAAAGCUGGAGUCAUUUCUGCGCAAAAUAUCUACAGCUUUGGCUUUGGGAAGUUUUAUCUCACAGGGGGAGCACAGCUGGCCUACCUGGGAUCUCUUCCAGUAAUUGGAGAAAAGGAAGUGAUUCAAGCUGAUGAUGAGCCUACCUUCUCUUUCUUCAGUGGCCCCUACAUGGUCAUGACCAAUCUGGUGUGGAAUGGGAGCAGGGUCACAGUGAAGGAGCUGAAUCUCACCACCCAUCCUCACUGCAGCAGGGUUCGGCUGGCUGACUUGUUAAUUGCAGAGCAGGAACACAGCAGUAAGCUGCGGCACCCGCACCUGCUACAGCUGAUGGCUGUGUGCCUGUCCCAAGACCUAGAGAAGACCCGCCUUGUUUACGAGCGCAUCACUGUCGGCACACUGUUUGGUGUUCUCCACGAACGGCGGUCCCAGUUCCCCGUGCUCCACAUGGAGGUGAUUGUGCAUCUGCUGCUCCAGAUCUGUGACGCCCUGAGAUACUUGCAUUCCCGGGGGUUUAUCCACCGCUCCCUCAGCUCCUACGCCAUCCACAUUGUCUCCGCUGGGGAAGCAAGGCUGACCAACCUGGAGUACAUGAUGGAAAGCCAGGAUGGACGUGUACACAGGGACCUGACUCGAGUGCCCCUCCCAACCCAGCUGUACAACUGGGCUGCCCCGGAGGUGAUCUUAGAGAAGGCAGCCACAGUGAAGUCGGACAUCUACAGCUUUUCUAUGAUCAUACAGGAGAUUUUAACAGAUAACAUACCCUGGAAUGGCUUAGAUGGCUCAGUUAUUAAAGAAGCCAUAGUCUUGGGAAAUUAUUUAGAAGCUGAUGUAAGGCUUCCAAAACCUUAUUAUGAUAUUGUUAAGUCAGGCAUCCAGGUCAAGCAGAAAGACCGAACUAUGAACCUUCAAGAUAUCCGGUACAUUUUGAAGAAUGACUUAAAGGAUUUUCUCGGAGCCCAGAGAACUCAGCCAACUGAGAGCCCCAAGAUGCAGAGAUAUGAACUCCAUCCUGAUGUCAAUGUUUGUCUAGGACUGAUGUCAGAACAUUUGAAAGAGACCCCUAACUUGGAAAUAAAAGAGCUAAAGGAAACGGCAGGCAGUCGGCUUCAUUCACCCACGGAGAAAGCAACACCAGAUCCUCAGGUCCUAGAUCCAGGUCUGAUGGCCAAGGAGACUCAGAACCGAGAUGCUGCUUCUCCUGCCUGCUCUGUGAUGGAAGAGGACGCCAGGGGGCCCAGUCCAGGUCAGGCUAGCCUCUGCAGCUUUGAAAUCAAUGAAAUCUACUCAGGCUGCCUGGACAGGGGAGAUAACACGAAGGAGGAGCCCCCAGGAACUGAUUCAUCUGUUGUGGGAGCUGGACCAAGCCAAGCAGAUGAACUAAAGUCCAUGGAAGAAGAGUUGGAAAAGAUGGAGAGAGAAGCAUGCUGUUUUUAUGAUGAUGGUGAGAGCUCUUCAGAAGCUGACACAGAGCUCUCCUUUGAGGACUGGGAUUGGCAAAAUGGUUCUCUUAGUUCACCCAGCCUACCUGAGCUAGCCAGAGAAGCCAAGGGCAAUGGGAGCAAUAGGUGCAUGACCGAGGAGUACAUCAGUAAGUGUGUGCUGAAUCUGAAGAUUUCACAGACAUUAAUGUACCAGAAUGCCGAUUUGCUGAGGAAUACUGAACAGAAAAUUGAUAAACUUGAGAUGAUACAAAAGAGGCAGGAGGAGUACAGGUCUUUGUGGGCUUCUUCAAGAGAGUUUACAAACAUUUAUGACUCACCUUCAGCCUUGGGCCCCCCAGCUUCCACCUAUGUUCCACCUGUCAUGCAGCUGCCAAGAGGCCAGCAGCUGGACACCAGUGGCAAUUGCCAAACCCUGACAAGAUCUUCCAUGGUGAGAGACUUUCAAGGAGGACAUUUUGGCAAAAGGUCCAGGAAAAGAAGUGACUGUGGCUGGAAACCUGUCAUCCAAGUCUCUGAAGAAAGCCCUGGGGAUCAGCCAGAGAAGAGCCAUCAGCUGCCAACUUUUAGUGGACCUGGAAAACAGGGCACAAGUGAACAAUCGCAGCCCUCUCAAGGAGCCAAGCACAGUUUGGAAAGAAACAGGAGCCCAAAUACCAGCAGGAUCAGUGUGGAAUCUGUGUCUUCUGAAAUCUGUCAUACAAAGUUAAGAAAUAACGAAGAUGAUGGAGAGGUACACUUAAAAUGGAAAUUGGAGGUGAAAGAAAUGGCAGAGAGAGCAGCCACCGGGCAGCUGGCAGUACCACCAUGGCAUCCUCAGAGUAGUGCGACUUUAGAGGAUGAAGUUAAAGAUGAGCCUGAUUCCCUGCUGCAGCCCCCGCUUGGGGACCCUGAGAAAGUGGGUUGGCAGUGCACUCUAGAGUAUCCCAGGGAAAAUAAUGAGUCAAGAGAAAAUGGCAAAUGUAACAAAAUGGGUAACAGUGACUAUGACAGUGACCAGCAUGGCAAACAGCCUGGACCUCAAAGCUUCAACAGUAUCAGGCACCUGUCUCCCAGCAAAAAUGUGUAUCCAGAGCAUAGUGAAGUCUUUCAAGCAAGUUCUGACGCAUCUGUGGUCAUUGAGAAAUCUUACAGUGAUCAGUCCAUGCAAUCAACUUGUUCACCAGAGUCUUCUGAGGAUGUAACAGAUGAAUUUUUAACUCCAGACUAUGAAUAUUUUCAUUCUUCAACUGCUCAAGAAAACUUAGCUCUAGAGACUUCAAGUCCUAUGGAAGAAGACUUUGAAGGAAUACGAGAUGCAUUUGCCCAACCUCGAGGUUCUGGCGAAGAAAAGUUCCAAAUGAGAAAAAGCCUUGGAAGGAAUGCUGAGAUUUUGACCAGGUCUCAAUUCCAACCUAUACGAACUACUGAAGGUGAACAAGAGGAGACAUUAAAGGAAUCACCAAAGGAGCCGAAAGAGAAAGACAUAUCACUGACAGACAUUCAAGACCUGUCUAGUAUUUCCUAUGAACGAGAUGGUUCCUUUAAGGAAGUCUCAUGCAAAACACCCAAAAUAAACCAUGCACCUACAAGUGUCAGCACUCCACUCAGCCCAGGGUCAAGUUCUUCAGCUGCCAGUCGGUAUAAAGACUGCCUUGAAAGUAUCACAUUUCAGAUUAAAACAGGUUCUACCUCAUGCUGGAACAGUCAGGAAUCCAUUCAAACUUCAUCUGAUAGAUUUACAACUGUUCGAGAGAAAGCAAAGAGCCUAGAUUCCUUUCUUACUUCCUCUGAAACUGCCCCUUCAAGACUGACCGAUCUCAAAAGAUUGCCUGCAUUUACUGGGGCCGGUUCCUCCAGCAUUGCUAAGUCACCUGACACAUCAUCCCAUGCCACCCAGAGAAGGAGCCUGCAGAAAGCAUUAGUAGAAGCCAUUUCACAGCAUCAUGUUGAUGAGCUACCACCACCAUCUCAGGAGCUGCUUGACGAAAUUGAGCACUUGAAGCGACAGCAGGCCUCAUCCACAGUGUUGCGGGAGAACACAGCAAGUUAUCUGGGUGUCACUGUAAAUGAUCAAAGGCACUUAGAAGAACAAGAAACUAACAGUAAAAAAGAAGAUAGCAGUAUGCUCUGGACCAAAGAAACUCAGGAUCUAGAAGAGGACACAGAGAGGGAGGCAAAUACCAAGGAUCAAGAAGUUGGUGAAAAGAAGAGAAAAGGGGAAGAAAGCUUCAAGUCAGAGAGAAGGAAAUCAGACAGCUUUUUAGGCAAUUCUGAAGAAGAGGAACUAAAACCCUGUUUUUGGAAGCGACUGGGUUGGUCUGAACCAUCCAGGAUAAUCGUGCUGGAUCAGAGUGACUUGUCAGACUGAUGGGAGUUGGAUCGUACAUGAACUCCUGGCCUGAGUUUGAGCAUCCUGCUUGUGAGCUCCCGUCUCUCCUCAUCUGCUUCAGUCACCAUCAGGGCAGUGAUUCUGUAGCUCAUACUUUGUUCAACUGCCACAAUAGACAGAAUGGCUGGCCCUGUCUGCACCGCAGUUAACCAUCUGUUUUCAGUUCAGAUUUCUGAAAAGUGAAAGGUAGUUUUUAUUGUAAAAUUUUCUCAUUGUUCCCAGAAUGGCUUUGGUUUUGGUUUUGUUGGUACAGAUUUUUGAAAACUUUAAUUCCUGUUAUAUAAUAAAAUGUUUACUUUUAAUACCAUUUAGGUUUUAGCUGUGUAAGAUAUUUCUGUGUUUUAGUUAUUGGGAGAGGAACUGCCACCCAAAGAGGCUUCAAUAUCUGUUAUAAAGUUUGACAGAUAAGCAAUGACUGCUACCACCUCUCAUAUAAGCCGGCACCAGUCAUCCAUAUUUUAGAACAGAAAUAAUGCCCUCCUCUUGGCCAGGAUUGCCAUAUUCCCAUUCCAGCUAGAAUUUACUUACAUGAUGAAAGUACAGGUCGGAGUAAAAGUCCAAGAUAUUUUGAACCCUUUAAAGUGAAUAAACAUCAUUUAUGAGUA